UUGGCAACCCUUCAGGCACAGUCCAGUUGAAGUGAGGACACGGAGACGCAAGAACACAAAGACGAGACAGGAAAUGCGGUUCGGAGAAAAACAACUUUUCUGAAAUCGGACCGUCGAGCUUUGGAAACCCGGCUUAUCACAAUGUCAAAGGAUCCAGUAUUUACGAUGUUGCUGUUUUUCGCGUUCCUGUGUCAAAGUGUCUGUGGUUUUGUUCACCCUCCAACAAACAUCAGUGUUGAUUGUCACAACUUUGUUAAUAUGCUUUACUGGAACUACAGUAAACCAGCUGAAACACUGAAAUUCAUUGUAAUGGUCAAACCCUAUGUAAGAGAUUCCCAAACAGUGGAAACAUCUCAGACGCACUUGAACAUCAGCGAGUAUACCAGUGACCCUGCUGAUAAUUAUGUAGUGACUGUAACAGCACAUGAUGGACAAGAGAAAUCAGGAUAUGUCACCACUGAAUUUACCUACAGUCAUGACUUCUAUAAUGCUGACACACACAAAUGCUCUGUGGACUUUCCAGAUGUUAAUAUGUCCGUUCAUAAAGAUGUGAUUGAGGUGUCCUUUCUGCACCCUUAUUACUUUUAUAAAUUGGACAUUCUAAAGGAAGACUUUUUAUACAAAGUCACGCAUGAUCAGCAAGAGAGUACAAAUGAAUGUUUUGAUGAUGAAGAGCUGUGCACUGCAGAAAUCCACCUUAAUCAGAGCUUUGCUGGCCAGUGCAUUGAGUUACAGUUUGUAGCGAUGAUUGCUGGGAUACCUACAAAUACCUACAGAAAUGUUUGUAUCUCUCACAUGCCUGUUGAGUCUGACAAGACAAGCUACAUCAUGGCUGUAGUAGGAGUUGUUGUUGUGUUGCUCUUCAUUGCUGGGGGUUUUGUGUGGAUACUCUGCAAGAAGUGGUCCAGAAUUCCCCAAAUUCCCAAAAAUUUGCGGAACUUUGUGACUCCACCACGAUCAGCUACCGCCGAUAACCAACCCGAUGAGCCCGCCCUCUCUUCAGCGACGGCUGAAGGUCACACACCCCUACUAGAGCCUUACGAAAGCCCCAUCAUUUCUUCAGUUGAGAAAGACAGCAGCACAGUCAUUAUCCCUACUGACACACAAGUGGAGGUGGACCACAACACAUCUACCCUUUCUGAAGGGGAUGUGAAAUUUGAGGAGCCUGAAGACUACAGCAAGUCAUCUGACUACGACAGUCCCAAAUUCCUGCUGGAGAUGAGUCCUGGGGAAAUUACGCAUGGAUAUGGUCCACGACCACCUGUACUUUAGUAAUUGAAACUGAAAAGUCUUGCCAUGAAUUUUGGCCUGUUUGACACAAUGCGUCUGUGGCGCGAGAGUGGCACUGCUGCGUGACUUCAAUGGUGUUUCUACUGCAUGUCAAUAGAAAAAGAAGGGAACAUUUUUUUUAAUGUGGGAGCUCUUCCCUUUCAUAAUGGCCAUAAAUAAUAAAAUAGUUAUCGGGAGUGAGCAAAUAUUACAAACUUGAUAAUCAUGAAAUUUUUAUGAGGAGGAGGACCAUAUUUAAAUUGAAAUUGUAAUCAAAUUAGAAUGGAACCCAAACCAAAACUUGGAUAAUAUAGCCCAUUUAAAGGAAUAUUUCGGGUUCAAUGCAAGUUCAGUUAACGGCAUUAAAAGUCGAAAAAAAAUCGUUCUUCUUUUCAAAUUCUGUUGAAUGAACUUAACUUGUAUUGGUCCUUAAAUCAUCUGGAUGCGUACCUGUCAUUGCAUGUGGAACUUGCAUCAAGCCCGACACUGAUGUUUUUUUUUCUUCAAACGCUCUCUAGAAAUACAUGCUGCUUCAUAAAAGCCUACAUUGCAAAAGAUUGUGUUAGUAAUUGGGUUUAUAGUGCAUUUCCAAUGUGUUUCCGGCCAGUAAAACCAGCGCCGCAUCAAACACCUCCUCUCAUUCCCAUUUCUGGGCACUGCUUGAUUGUGAAUGUUGUAACCUGUUAAUAUGAGCAGCGAAAUUAAAAUGUGUCCUUGCAAGCCACAGAUGCAUUAUGUGUAAAACAGACCUGAACAAGCCUGUUCACGUCAUUUCAUGUGAUCGUUACGUGGUCCUAUAACUAUUUCGCACAUGUAUUCACGUAGCUUAACACGAAACAUGCUUUGCUGUCAGCAGUGCUUAAUUUGAAAAGUAUAAAGUCCUGGAACAAGGAUUGGUGAGACCACACACCCCUGAAUCUGACCGGCUUGGAGUUGCGGGGGAGUGCGUUAAACACCCAAUCACCGCUGCAAACAAUCCGACGCAAUGUGAUAAAACUAAAUCGCCCCCAGUAAAAUCAACAAACUGUCUACACUGCAAGCUGUGCGACUUCUGGCUCUUGUAGAGUAGACCUAUUUGUUGAAUAUGGUGGGAGCUGUCUAGUUUUGUCACAAUCACCUCUUGCACUUUAGAUUGAGUAUAAAAGGUCUGUUGUUACAGUAUAUAAUAUUGUAUCAUUAAUGAAUUUUAAAAUGUUAAUGUAUACUUUCUACUACUAUGAACAGAUCAUAGCAUACGUUUCUUUCAAAGGUUUAAAAGUGAAUUUCCUAUGGGUUCAAAUUGAGCACUGACUCUCAGAUAUAUAACUAUGGGCUUAAGUGCCAUCUAAGUCUUGUAACAGCACUGCUUUCAAUUUACUUGUGUAUGUUUCAGCAUGGAGCACUUAUAGAGUAGGCAGAGGCUUUUUCAGAGCUAGUAGAUUGCCGAUCCAAAUCUCUCACGCAUCAGAUUAUACUGUCACUUUGAGAAUGAUUUGCAUUAGAGUAGAGGACAGGCAGAUGAUUCACGCCAAACCUGUCAAGAAAAUAUCUUGCAGUGAUGUGCACAGACCUUAGCAGGGGCGGAAGGACAAAAAAAGGGCACUGAUCAUUUAUAAAUAAUUUAUUUUGCUUUUUGAGUAUUUAACCAUUUUCUAUAUAUAUAUAUAUAUAUAUAUAUACACACUGUACAUAAUUUUUAUUAUCACAAAUAAUAGCCUAUUUUCCUUUCUCACAAAAAGCACCAUGGUAAAACACGGUUUAUUUAUUUUCAAACAUGGUCUGUGAUAACCCCAUGUAUAUGACAUGUGUCAUAGUAAAACCAUGGUAUUUAUUGAGUACCAUGACAGUAUCAUGAAAUAUGAACAUGAUCAAUCAUUCAGUACCAUGGCAUUGCCCUGGUAACGUGGUGCACGGUGCGAAGGCGCUAUGAAAACGCGCGAGGCGAUAGACUGUGUUACGCGAAUGCGACAGGGUCCUUGAAUAACGUAUAACAUGCGAGUAAGGGCAGUCGGUGGAGUUUCUGGUGCCCACUAGGUAUGAUGGUGCCCCCCUAAGGAGUUGGUGCCCUACGUAGAUUGCAUAAUAUGCUUAUAGGGAGCUGCGGUACUGUGGUAGCCUAUUGAUAUUUUUCUGAAAGUGAUUCGUCUAAUGGCUUAUUAGUUUCAACAAAACAAAACUGGUUUUGGCUGAACCUGACAGCUCCUUCAGUAUGUCAAUAUUCUUUAAACGAAGUCACUUUCUAUCACUGAAAGUGACGCGACCGCUCUUAUUAUAAAUAAUAAAUCUGUCUACACUAGUGGUACUCAAUGUCGGAAAUGCGGUAGCAAUCGAGUAUAUAUUAUUCUUUUGAACAUAAUACAUGGAGUGGACUUUUUAUCAGACCUGUUACUCAUCUGAGGUAACGGCACUUCAAUGUUCUGGGGCGAAUUCAAAACAGCUUUUUUUGCUUCCUUGAAGGGCACUGUUGAGGGAGGGGAUGCCGCUCAAAAGCUCAUUCAAAACGGAAGUGAGAAAAUUAAUCUUUUCUUAGAGGGCCCUUCCACAAGACUGUUAGCGAAGAGUACAUUAAUACAGUAAUGCCAUGUUCCCUUCAGAGUACCCACUUCAAGGGCUCUGCAGUUCGGAGUGAGUAUAGGGCAUAGGGAGGAUCACUUGCGAUUGGAUUCUGCCCCCGAUCUGCUGUAGCGCGUGCUCUUAAAGGCACCUUUGCUUCAUUUUUUUUAAUAAGACCGUGAUUUACAAAGAAAUCUCAUAACACAUUACUGUUAUUGUGAGAUUAUGACGAGAUUUUGUUUAUUUUAAUUUAAUUAAAAUUUCUCCCCUAUAGCUGGACAACCAAAAGGGCACCUUUAGGUUUGUGCCCCUGCUGCCCCCGUUCUGUGCACUCAGUGAUGUCCUGGUCAUAUUUAACCCCAAAUCAAUACAGAUAAAUCCAUGAAAUAGUAUUUUACAUAUAGAAAAUGAAGCCUACAUUUAGGAUCAUUAAGAUUUUUUGCAUUCAAGAUUUUUAAGCACAUCUUACCCCACAAUUCUCAUUUCCGUAACUCACCCGGACAUUACUAUUCCCAAUGUUUUCAAUUAUGAUUUUCAUCAUUACAAUUUUUUGUUUGUUUUUUGUUAUUACUGCAUUGCAGAAAAUGCUGUUGAACAAUAUAUAUUUUUUUAAUUAGCCAAAAAAUAUAUAUUUUUUUUGCAUUGCGGUAAUGAGAAUUAUGGGGUAAAUGCAUGUCAUGAAAAUAACAAUGUAAUCUUGUAAUGUAAUCUUAAUAGUCCUAAAUUAGAUUUUAUUUUCUAUAUACGGAUUAUCAUUUCUUAAUUCUUUAAAUGUCAGAGAAAGAUGUGACCAGGACAUUUUCUUCACAGGUUUCGUAAGAAUCGCAUAAAUUGUGUAUUUUUCCUCUGUAUGAAAGUUUCUGUCCUAAGCUGUACAGUUUCUGCUGUCAUAUCACAUUAUUCUGUCUGCAAAAGAAUGUUACAACAAAACAAUGCCACAGUUUUUUGUAUACAGUAGAUGACACAUACAGCAUUACUGUGAUUGCCUUUUGAGUAAAUGUUUCUAAUACAAUUGUUUUAGAAACAAACUUUCAGCUUCUAUUUGUUUGUUUUUUUUAGUGAUUUUUUUUUGUGAAUGUAUCAAUUUCCAGGACUCAUGCAUCCCUGUGCACUGCAUGUAGUGAGAAUACAAGUGUCUUCACACUGCAGCGAAAGAAGGCUCUUGCAAAUCUGCUUGGGGGAACCAGAAAAGACAAUCCCACAUCUGAUUUACUAUACAAAAUGUUUCAUUUACGCAUUAGGCAGAUGCUUUUUUCCAAAAGUGCAUUCCAGGUAUAUCAGCAUGUGUGUUACAUGGGAAUCAAGCUCAUUUUACCUUGCUAGGAGUUGAGGUUGACAGUAUAUUGUAAAGUUUGUGCAUAUUUUUGUUACAUUUUUUUCUAAAAGAUUUUCUUUUAAACUUUCUGUAUGUCAUGUCUGUUUUAUGUUCAAGUGUUUGAUUCCAUUAAGAGUGAAGCAUUUUUAUUAAAAUCAAUUGUCUGACUAAC